AUGGGUCUGUGGGCGCGUUUGUGUCCUCGUGUGUGUGGAGCCGAAUGGCCGGUGCAGCUUCUGUGGCUGGUGUUGGAGAAGUUGGGGUUCGAGCGAUGGGCAGUGAAGUUUGAAGAAGGAUCAGCGCAGCAGAAGAGGUUGGGGAACCUGGUAGUGCGGACGCACGCAGCAGCAGCAGCCCAGCAACAGCAGCAGCAGUAUCAGCAGCCAGAAUGUCCUGCGAACACUGCUUUAGGGCUCAGCAGCUGGACCAACUGUGUGCGAACGACGCAAUACACUUGGUGGAGUUUUCUGCCUCUGAAUUUGCUGUCUCAAAUAACACAACCUGCUAAUUUUUACUUUUUGAUCAUGGCGUUGCUGCAGACACUGCCGCAGAUAAGUGACAGCGAUGGAAUGCCAACAUUUCUGUUUCCCUUGGGGUUGGUGAUGGUUAUAACUGCUGCCAAAGACGGAUAUGAAAACCUGAGCCGCGCGCGCGCAGACCGAAUGGAGAACGCGCGGCGCUGCAGUGUAUGUACACCGCAGGGGCUGACGACGGUGGCCUGGGCGGAUUUGACCCCAGGAAGCAUCGUGAAGCUCUCAGCCGAUGAGGCAGUUCCUGCUGAUCUUGUGCUACUGAACUGCGCAGAUCCCUGUGGUGUUGCGUAUGUAGACAGCGUACAACUCGACGGAGAAACGAACCUAAAAAAUAAAAUGUGUAUUCCAAAUAUUGCAGCACUUGUCCAAAAUGAUGCAGACGCCGCGCGCCUCAAAUUGGAAAUCCACUACGAGGUGCCGUCUGCUGAGCUGUACAAGUUCUCCGGAACAAUGCUGCUGCUGCCCUCCGCAGACGGCAACGGAAGCGCAGCAGCUGUAGCAGCAGCAAAGGCAGAUGCAGCAAUAUCUCCAGGCAGUCUCCACAUGGCCGCCUCCCCUAUGGUGUCAACCCAUAGCAAUGGAGGGCAGCAGCAAAUGACUGAGAAGCAGCCGCACCAGGAAGAGAUGCUACUGCUGCAGCAGCAGCAAGAUGACGACUUGUUAGUUGGAGGCAUUACUGCGCAAGGCUCUUCGCAAUCAGCGUUGCUUCAGCAGGAGCAGCAACAGGAGCCGCUGCAGCCGCAGCAACCGCAGCAGCAACAGCAGCAACAGCAGCAGUACGCUGUCGACAUAUCGCAGUUCGUGUGGCGUGGGGCUACCGUCCGCAGCACGGAGUGGAUCUAUGGCCUUGUGGUGUACACGGGACAUCAAACACGCAUCAUGAAAAACACAAAACAAAGGGAGCUGAAAUACUCGAGGACUCAGGUGGUCUAUAACCAACAUGCCGUCCUCCUCGCGAUUGCGCAGCCAGUUGUUUGUCCUGUUGAUGAUGUUGGUUCUGCUGCGAAUGUUUCGCUGUACGGAAGUAGAGGGUUGGUUGCACGCUACGU